GGCAGCUUGUGUGUUGAUUCUUGUCGAGAAAUUUUAACAUUAAAAUUAGGCUGUUCUAGUUAGUUCGUAGAUGUUACAAUUAUCCUUUAUAAUAGAAUGAAAAAUAGUCAAUAAAAUCUGUUUCAUAAUAUAGUUAAUACCGAAAAUCUCCAGCUUAAACAGUGUUUGUGUGUGGCCUACAUUUCUUUACCUUUUAAUCAAAUGGAAGAAAGUAACAGUGUAUUGGUAAAAUAUCUCUUUAGAGGAGUUACUUAAAUUUAUAUUUUGUGGAUAAAUCAAUGUUUUUAAUUCAAUGGAUAUAAACUAAAUCACAUUAUGUAUACCUUUAUACAGAUUGCUCUAAGCCUUAUAGUGCUUGUAGUUCUUAUAACAGCACUAUCAGUUUGUGUGUGUGGCUGCAAGAACUCUAAUCAAAAAAGUGAGUUGGUUGGUACGGCAGGUGUGGUGAAAAUCCGUUUGGAUGAGGAGGUUCCAUCUCCAACACCUACCACUCCCGCCUCUAUUAAGCGAGCAUCAACACAGAACAGUCAGAGAAGUCUACCAGAAAUACCGCACCCUGUUGGAAGACAUGACAGUGGGGAUACGGCUUCUGAAAUCUAUGCUACCGUUAACUUGGAUGAAGGGAACAAGGUUGCGGCUACGACGUCGGUCGCUCGGCCCUACGAGCAUGAAUACGCGAAGCUGCAGAAUGAUAGCCACAAUGUGACGGUGGAAAUAACUCCGGACGAGAGCUCAGAAGUUGGAAACCAGAUCGACGAGCGAGAGGCUGUGCCGUCAGCCGCUGAGUCGGUGCUGAUCCCGGCGUCGGUGGCGAUCAGCGGUCAGCUGGCAUCGAGCGCGGAGCUGCCAUACAUCACCCCGCCCUCCCCGCGCCCCGCCCCCGACCCCGUGCACUUCAGCGGCGACUCCACGGACUCCGCGAAGGGCUACACCAGUAUUUCUGUACGCGAGCCGCUAAGCAAUAUCCGCGCGCAGAGCGGUCGCGCUCGCACGACGCACUAUGCCACAGUGUCCGAUGACUCCGAUGAGAUGUAUGCGGCGAUAGAGGAGGCGAGCGUGGGCGAGGGUUCGGACACGUACGCGCAGAUCGCGCCCGAGCCGCGCCGCCGCGACGCGCCCGCACACUCGCCGCACGUGCUCCAUGCUGAAGUUACACACCACGCCAGGAGAAGCGCACCACCCGAGAUCGGGGCAUCGACUUCAAAUUCGAAUCACUCGCGACAAGCGUCAAUGUCCUCAUGUUCUAAUUCGACCGGCGCGCUGGGCUCACCGAAACCUGAGAAACGACAAGCAAAUUCGCCGCUGCCGCCACCGCCGCAAGCGACAACUCAUGCACACGCAUCUCACGCAUCCCACACGUCCCACGCCUCCCACACGUCCCAUGCAUCCCACACGUCCCACUCAUCCCACGCUCCGCAUUCUUCUCAUACUACACAUGCGACGCACACUACCUCAAACUCCGGAACCCACACGUCUUAUGCUGCGUCACAUGCGACGCAAAAUACUCAAAGACACCAUCGGAUGUCGAGCACAGGUGAUCUCCAUUUCAACCACGACAAGUUGCGUCGCAGUCUCAACGAGAAACACCAGCGGAACAACAGCUGCGUCAGCUCGUCCGAUUUCUACGGGUGCAACUACCCCGUCGAGAAGCACAGGUUCAGCUCGGGCGAUCUCAUCAGACCACUAGUCGCCAAGGAGCUGAACUUCGACAUCGACCAGAAGGACGCGGCCGAUAAUCUGUACAACUCUAUCGACGGCCCCCAAAGCUAUAGCGACUACUCCUCCGCGGAACCCCCCACCAGCCUCACCUCCGAGCACAGAUCUUCGGAGAGCCCCUCCCGAAACGUCGAGGAGAUGUACGCCAAGGUCAUGAAGAAGGUCCGCGCGAAGGAGGAGGCAAGGAAGUCCAGGGACGUCAGUGACGCCCCCGCGACCUUGAAGCUGCGAGGCGACGACCCCGGCUACGAGACCAUCGACCGCAAACAGAUCUCCAACCACGGGUAUGAGACCAUCGCGCGCAAGGACAGAAAACCCUCCGACCGGGACCCCGGCUACGAAACCGUCAAGGAAGUCAAUAAAACGCAAAACCUGACGAACAAUAACCUGCUGAAGUUGAACAAUUUGGCGGACAGCGGACCCAACAGUAUUAUAAGCAGCGACGCCGGCUACGAGAAGAUUGCGAAGGCCGACAACAACGCCUCGGACUCGGACCCCAACUACGAGGUGCUGAGGAACGAGCCCCCGACCCCACCGUACGCGACCAUCGCCCCGGACUACAAGGUCCAGCCGACCUACUCCGUGGUCAACAAGAGGUUCGGCAAGCCGAGCUGGCCCGCCAACAACAACGACGAGUCCACGGAUCCCAACUACGAGUCCAUGUCUAACGAUCCCUUGUAUACCACCGGCAGCGAGUCCGACCCCAACUACGAGUCCGUGCGACCCAAGGACCCGAACUACGAGAGCGUCAACAACCAGGACCCGAACUACGAGUCCCUGCGCUGCAAGGAUCCCAAUUACGAGUCCGUGCGGUCGAAAGAUUCGAAGUACGACUCGGUUAGAUCGAAAAAAGAUCCGAACUACGAGAGCGUCAAAUAUUUUGAGUUGUCGAGAAAGGAGCCGCCCUACGAGAAAGUCAAUAACGAUAUCGGAGGUUCCGGGGUCGACAGAUCGGAUUCCUCAGCCGGCUACGAGAAGAUUAACGUUCCCAGUAGUGCAGACGCCAGGAGCAGUAUUAACAACGGUGCGGAUGCCACCGUCAGUGACUAUUUUCAAGUUUAACUCUGUACUAUCUCAACUUUAUCGCUGCCUGCGAGCGAGAUUUUUUGAGUGCUUUUAUUUAUUAAUAAUUUUAUACUAAACAAUAUAUUCAGUGUAUAGUACCUCAAACAUAGAUGUAAUCUAAUUACUUCCUUAGGUAUCUGUGAUAUAUAUUACGAUUGUGUAUUUUUUACUCGUAAUAAUUGUUUUAAGUUCGUAGCUGAAAAGUAAAAUUUAAAGGUUUUUAAAAUUGUAAUCUCCUUUUGUAAGUGACAUUUUAUGUAUUUAUUGUGCGUAUUCGAACUGUACAAAUGUAGAUUGUACAUAAUAUACUAUGAAAUAAUAUGUACUUAUAAGUCUGACGAAUCCAAACAUAUAGCCUCCGAUGGCCAAAAAGUAGUGACAGUUAUAUAUUUCGUUUAUAAAUCAACCAAAAACAGUCCUAAAAUUGAACACCAAUUAAAAAUAUCGACAUAUACAGGGUAAUGAGGCUAGCAAACUCCACUGUGUUUCUUCGUUUUCUAUAUUUUUGAUGUGACUUUUAGAAUUUGAAAUGAACUCUAAUUUAAGUGCUUCAAGUAUGGCCAUACUAAGUACCCAUUGAACAUAAUAAUGUAACAUGUCCAUUAGCAUAAAUUAGCGAGUAGCUUUAAAUUACCAUCUACUUAAAGUUUUAAGAACUAGUAAGAUUGUAGCUAUUAGAGAUUGUAUUUAAACACAUAUUGACUACUAUACUCAUAUCACCUGUAUAACCCAUGUACUCAACAUCACAAUAAUAACUGUCGCGUUACAUGCUAUAAAUUUUGCUAUCGAGUUGCAACUUGCAGCACAAAACUCA